UAGAGUAACUUCGCCUAAAUUGUUCCUAUACACGCCGGCUUGGGCGAUAGCAGAUGGUGGAGUUAUCAGGUGGAUGAGAGAAGGCCUUCUUGAUCCGUGCCGGCCUCUGGAAGUUGUUUCCUGCGCAUCGGGCCAUGAUGCCUCAGAGGCCUGGGUUUCCUGAGGCAGAGAGGGAAGCUGCUUUUUCAAAGCGAAUUAAAUGAGAGUAACCACAGCCGCUACAAAGGAGGGCAAAAACAGAAACCCACCUGGAGGAACCAGCUGAUCCAAACGAGAGCACCGCGAGAAUCAGGAAACGCAUCCCUGUCUGUGUGCCUGGGAAGAGACCUAGAAACUGGCACGUCUCUGAGGGAAGAUGAGGAAAAGGCUGUAAAUUGGCCAAAAGAGCCUUGAAGUACUCCUUCCGUGUGGGAAAGUGAUGGCUGGUGGAAGGAGGCGAACCCCACAAGGAAAGAUGGCUUAGCAGCAGCUGCAGCUGCCAAACCAGGCCCGGUGGGAUGUACCCUUAGACCACCAUGGACGGAGCCCACAGAGCAGCCCUGCAGCUGCAGCAGCUCCCGCCCGCGAGCAGUGCUGACCCUGUGAGUGAGGCUUCCUUCUCCUACAAGGAAAACUUGAUCGGUGCCCUCUUGGCGAUUUUCGGACACCUUGUGGUCAGCAUUGCACUUAACCUCCAGAAGUACUGUCACAUCCGCCUUGCGGGCUCCAAGGACCCUCGGGCCUAUUUCAAGACCAAGACAUGGUGGCUGGGCCUGUUCCUGAUGCUGCUGGGCGAGCUGGGCGUGUUUGCCUCCUACGCCUUCGCCCCGCUCUCGCUGAUUGUGCCUCUCAGCGCCGUCUCCGUGAUAGCCAGCGCCAUCAUAGGAAUCAUAUUCAUCAAAGAAAAAUGGAAACCUAAAGACUUUCUGAGGCGCUACAUCUUAUCCUUCGUUGGCUGUGGUCUGGCCAUCGUGGGCACCUACUUGCUGGUGACAUUCGCACCCAACAGUCACGAGAAGAUGACAGGCGAGAACAUCAUCAGACAUCUUGUGAGCUGGCCUUUUCUCCUGUACAUGCUCGUGGAGAUCAUUCUGUUCUGCUUGCUGCUGUACUUCUACAAGGAGAGGAACGCCAACAACAUUGUUGUGAUUCUCCUCUUGGUGGCGUUACUUGGCUCAAUGACCGUGGUGACAGUGAAGGCUGUGGCCGGGAUGCUCGUCUUGUCCAUACAGGGGAACCUGCAGCUCGACUACCCCAUCUUCUACGUGAUGUUCGUGUGCAUGGUGGCAACUGCUAUCUAUCAAGCCGCGUUUUUAGGUCAAGCCUCACAGAUGUAUGACUCCUCUCUGAUUGCCAGUGUGGGCUACAUUCUAUCCACUACCGUGGCUAUCACAGCAGGCGCCAUCUUCUACCUGGACUUCCUCGGGGAGGACGUGCUGCACGUCUGCAUGUUUGCACUUGGGUGCCUCAUCGCAUUCUUGGGCGUCUUCUUAAUCACACGUAACAGGAAGAAGGCCAUUCCCUUUGAGCCCUACAUUUCCAUGGAUGCCAUGCCAGGUAUGCAAAACAUGCAUGACAAAGGGAUGACCGUCCAGCCUGACCUCAAAGCUUCUUUUUCCUACGGGGCCCUGGAAAACAAUGACAACAUUUCUGAGAUCUAUGCUCCCGCCACGCUGCCCAUCAUGCAGGAAGAACAUGGCUCUAGAAGCGCCUCUGGGGUUCCCUAUCGCGUCCUGGAACACACCAAGAAGGAGUGAGCCCACCUUGAAGGAGACUCACCUCCUCUCCAUUUACAGCUGCUCAAGCCAUGCUGAUAGCGGUUCAACCCUUAAUUCUAAAACUUGCCUUUCAAGUCUUAUUUUUUUAAUCCAAGAACUCUGUGGACGGGGAUCUUGAAAAGACUUUGUCUCUGGCAAAGCGUAGAUUAUCUUGGUCCUGGAACUUUCAGAUGUUGAGGGUGGGGCUGGGGUGGGGGGCUGAAAGCAGUAUUCUAGGUGGGCAGUACAGAGUUCAGCCUCUGCCUGAUUUAGCCCAAUGAGAUUUGGAAAGCCGUUGUCAUCCUUGAGGAUGGGAACUGGGUUUCCCCAGUCAGUGACCAAAUGUGGCCACAUUCUUUAGAGCUAAAGCAAGGCAGAGAUUCUGCCCUUACUUUCCAAAUGCAUUGAAAGGCUGGAAACCUCCAAAUCUAGUCUUCCCUCACCUUAUGUGCAGACCUGAUCUCUACCCACCUCCCUCUUGAUUCUGUACUUGAGAUAACCUUUGUGUCGCCUUCACAUGGCAUGGUGCACCAGCCCUGGGUGUAACAUCCUGUCACUUGCCUGUAGGAAAUGCACAUCUGCUUUCUGAUGGUCUGUGCCUCCCCGGUGAGGGUGUGCUCGAUGUAUUUAUACUGGAUCCACUCUGAAAACGAAUUUGGUUUUGGUUCUGUGAAUUACUUGGUUGCUUUCUUUCCCCUCAAAGGAACUGAGAAAUUAAGAGAAGAAGGGGAAGAAUAAGAAAGACAGGAGCAGGGGUCAUGAGCCUUCAGCCCAUAAAGGGAGAAAAAUCCCUUUCAUUUUGCAAGAGGUGAUUGCAUCACCUAUAAAGGACGGACAGACAAUCUGGCUGUUGUAUGUGUAUUUUCCUGCACACCAGGGUCCUCUGGGAAAACGAGGGGUGCUCAUUUCAGAGACAGCCUCACUCACCUCUCCUCUCUCCUCUCCCUUAUAGAUUGACAAACCAAGCUUGAGUCAUUGGUUUACUUCCUUGGGGUCGAUAGACUCUUUGGGUCCUCAUCCCCGUGCACAUACAUCUGGAAGAAGUAGGCAUGCUCAGAAAUGGGGCUGCUGCUGGCUGGCUGGCUGGCUGCGUACACGAUUGUCUUACCCUAGACUGACUGUAUGCUUUUGAGAAUGGCAGGUAAAGGUCUGCAAACUUUAAUGAAAAUAAGGAUCCCCUAGGGAGUUUAUUUAAAAUACAGAUUCCUACACCCCAACCACAGGUACUCUGAUUAAGUGGGACUGGGACCGGGCCUAAGAGUCUGCAUUCUUAACUGGCAGCUCAGGUGAUCCUGAGGCAGGUAAUCCUGCCUGUAUCACACACCUUGAAAGCCUAAUAACUGAGAGAGACAGUCUGCUGAAACCCUGACACACCCCUGCUGGAAAGUUGGAAUUACCAUUCCUUGUUUCCUCUUGGGGGUUCAUUUGGCAGGCCGAAUAAUCCGCAUAGGACCCAUGGCAUUUCUGCAUCCAGUGAUUACUUCUUAGAACUGCGCUUCCUGCUUCCCUAGGCAGCCUUGAACUAACCGGCAAGAUAACAGUGUUGAUAGACCAGUGCUGAUAGAUCAUUAACCUUUAUGGAUUGUGCUUCAUACUGAUUUGGUUUAGUACCUUGACUUCCAAACUGAUAUCUGUUGCCUGUGAUAACCACUUCUGUAUUGUGUCUUACAUGCCUAAGAAGGCAACAGACUAUGACUUUUUUUUCCCUUUAGAAUAGGUAUCAAAACAGUAUUUAUGAGGCACUUACUAUGUGUUAAGCAUUUGGACAGUGAGGGCUACAAGUAAUAAGACCUGGUUUCUGCACUCCAAGCCAGCCGUGAGAGACACAAAUACCUGGUCAACUAUGAAAGGUCAGGCCCUGAGCCCAGAACUGGGUAUUCAGAAUUGGAGAUGAUUUAGGCUCCACUCAUUGAUGGGUGGCAAAUCUAGCUAAGAUUUGGGCAAAGCAUAGAAAGUAGGGUGAUCACCCCCAGGCAGAGGGGUCAGCAUUUGCAAAGACACAGAGAUGGGUUGAGGCGGGUGGCAAAGGAAGAGCCAGGGUAGGUAAUGGGAAAUGAGCCUGGAAAGAUAAGCAGUGGAGGUAGAAUCAUGGAGGGACUGGAAGGCCUGGCCGAGGAGUUUAAACAUAUCCUAGAGAACAUGGGAGCCAUUGAUGGUUCAUGAGGAAGAGAAUGGCAGGAUCCGCACUGAUUGGAAAGGAGGCCCUAUGCAGUUCGGAGGAAGACUCUGAAGGGGUAAUAAAAGUCACUUUUCAAGGUCGGGCUGCACAGCUGCAGGAACAAAACACAAAAGGGGAAUUAAAAUCCAAUUUCGCUGCUAUUCACAUUUUCCCAGUGAUGUUUCUAACGUGGGCCGGGAGGGGGUGUGAGGGCAGAGUGGAUAAAGGGAAGGUGAGCGGGGAGGCCAUUUAAAUAUGUCAAACCCAGGUGAUCAUUUGGUAUCUUAUGUGCUCCCAGCCUUACUCUGCCCCCUUCCCUUGGUUUUGUGUUGGGUCUUUUAACCUGGAGUCAGGCAACAGUGAUGAAUGGAUAAAAGCACAUUGUAAUCUCAGGUCAGCUGAUGAUCAUGGGUUCAGUGCCAUCCAGGAGCUGCCUUCAGGUUUGGGGCAACAGCGCCAUCCCGUGAGGCUGAGUACAGGAAGGUUGCGCAGAGUUGCAUGGUGGCUGCGGAGUGGAAGCCAGGGUAGGUGACCUGGGUCCCGGGAAGAACGGCUGAUGUGGAGCCAUGGUCCCCAGAAUCCUGACUCUGUCUUGGGCUGGCAUCUCCCAGUCUUUGUCCCUGAGUGUAAAUGGACGGUUUGCUGGUGGCAGAUAAGCGGCACUUGCUGUUAGGGCGGGGCACAAGGACAUCAGCUUUCCACUCACAGCCCUGACUCUUUAUUUUUCUCAUGGCUCUCACGUCUCGCCAAGCCCUCUCGAAGGCUCCAGGCAACAAUACGUAUCCUGCCGCCAUCUCCCUUCUCACAGCAAGGUCACCAAACUUGGGUUUCAGCUUUCCACUUGUUCUCUGGCUUCCUCUCCCCACCCCACUCUGUUCCCCUCUUCUAAAGGCUGGGAUUCUGGGGUCCCUAAUCAGACAUUAAAAGCAGUUCUUCACAGAUUGGUGCCUGCAGCUUUUGAAGGGACCUAAGCCCCAUUCCACCCGCCCCCAGCCCCCCCGCGAAGAUGCAGGGUCUGACAUGCCAUCACGUGAAGGCUCAGAUCACGCGAGGGUUUUGCAGGAUGGAAUCGAACACUGGGUAGGCGAGGGAGGAUUGACGUCUCCAUUGCUCUUCUGGUGGAAAUGAGGCAGCUUGAUGGCACAGUGUGGAGACAAGAUGUCCAUCAGGGUAGUGUUGGGGAAUCUCCAACCCGCAGCCUUGUGAACUCCAAAUCUGGUCCAACACUGGCUGACAGGCAAAAAAUUUUACUGUGUGUUUCUCUGAGAAGCUGUGUAAAUCAAGUCACCUUAGAAUAUAUUCUACGUGGAAGCCCACAUUUUGUCGAUUUAGUGACUAAAGUAUGGCAUGUCUUAUUUUUCAAAAAAAUGUAUGUGCUAUGUGCAAAUAGCAUUAUGAAGUGGUAUUUAAUUAAAGAGAAAAUCCAUGUGA